GGCGGGUUCCGAGCUUGGCGCGGUGUUGUUCAGGGCAUCCCGACUGCUGCGUGGUGGGCGGCAUGUCUCGGGCGAAUGGGGACGCGCGUGGGGACACGGGGGGAGACGGCACUGCUGCUGCCGGCCCCUUCAGCUUCAGCCCGGAGCCCACGCUCGAGGACAUCCGCCGCCUCCAUGCGGAGUUUGCUGCUGAACGAGACUGGGGCCAGUUCCACCAGCCUCGGAACCUCCUGCUGGCCUUGGUGGGGGAAGUCGGGGAGUUGGCGGAGCUCUUUCAGUGGAAGCCUGAUGAGGAGCCUGGCCCCCAAGCCUGGCCCCCCAGGGAACGGGCAGCCCUUCAAGAAGAGCUUAGUGACGUCCUCAUCUACCUGGUAGCGUUAGCAGCCCGCUGCCAUGUGGAUCUGCCCCAAGCGGUGCUCUCCAAGAUGGACCUCAACCGCCGGCGCUACCCAGCACAUCUGUCCCGCGGCUCUGCCCUCAAGUAUACAGACUUGCCCCAUGGGGCCACCUCUGAAGACCAAGCUGUGGGGCCUGCAGACCUUGACUGUGAGUCCACAGGCCAGGCCUCAACCUAGAAACACGGGCACAGGACUUGCAACUCAGCAUGGCAUCUGAGAAGCAGAGAGUGGCCUGGCCGUGGAACUUUGUUCUAGUCUUUUCCUAACAGAUCAGGGGCCUGGGGGCCCUACUUCGUAAGGUCUGAGGCCCAAGAACCUCCAGAAGACAGCCUCCUGGUAUUUUUCUCUCAAUAAAAGUUUUGGUUAGCAA